AUGUCUUUCAAAAUAGCCGGGCCUGCCCUUGGGUAUUCUCAGAUGGAAUUCAAAGACCAUGGCUGUAACGGACCCGCUGCUGAUAUGCUCGGCCUUCCAGGCGGCUUUCCAGCGGUCCUGAACACUGAGUCCUCGUGGACUGGCCAGGAUUUCAGUCUUGAUCCACACAAAUACAUUGUCAACCUGUCGGCUGCCAACAUCAAGGAAUUAGAGAAUGCUUUGGAAACGUUCAAGAACUCCGGCCAAGAUGGCGGCAAUGUGACCCGUGACACCUUCAAGCUACCUGUUCUCGGCGACACGCUGUGCCAGGUUUCCCAGGACGUGAUUUCUGGUCGAGGAUUUGCAGUGUCUACAUUGCCAACGAGCAAGGAAGACAAGACAAGAAGGGCAACAUGCUUGGUGAGUGUGUAUUGGAACUAUCGUGCUGUCAUCGGCAUUUCUGGGUGUGGCGACUGA